CACGAAGAUCAGGUCUUCUGUGUUGCAUACUCUCCAGACGGCAAGUGGGUGGUGACCGGAUCUGGCGACUGCACCAUCAUUCUGUGGGACUCUGAUGGACAGCUUGUCCAGGAAUGGGUCGCCCAUGCCGGAGGGGUGAUGUCACUCGCAUUCUCCCCUGACAGCCGACGUCUUGCAUCCAGUGGCGGAGACCGUUAUCUCGCAGUCUGGGAUAUCAUGCCCGGGAAAGGUCACCCGCCCAUAGCUAUGAAGUACACCGACAGUGACGAUGAUAGCUGUGCGUGUGCGUGGUCCCCCAACGGAACUGUGAUCGCGUCCACAGACGUGCACACGGAAACCGUGAAGCUCUGGAAUGCUCGGACGUUGGAGCCGCUCCAUCUGUUGAAGCCAUCUCUCGGGACGGGCGAAUUCUGCGAUCUCCGCUUCUCCCCUGAUGGACGGUGGGUUGCCUCCGUCAGCUCCAAUGGCUGCUGUAUAUGGGAUGUCAGCGCUGGCACAGUGCACAGGGUCCUUCAGUCAGAGCAUUCCUUCUCGUCCACCACGGCAUUCAAUCCCCAGAGCACGCGCCUCGCCACUGGACAUCGUGGGGGCGUUGUCCAGAUAUGGAAUGUACAGACGGGAGAGGUGCUCUUCAAGUUGGAGCAACACACUCGUAGUGUAAUGGACGUGGCAUUCUCUUCAGAUGACACGCACAUUCUGUCAGCAUCGGUGGACAGGACAGUGAAGAUCUGGGACGCAUCCACCGGAACCUUCGUCCUGUCGCUCGAAGGACAUGCCGACCGCGUGAACGUUGCCCGCUUCUCUCCGUGCGGGAAGUACGUUGCGUCUGCAUCAAGAGACCAAGCUGUACGGGUGUGGAGGACCGAUGAUGGAUCAUGCGUGGGGACACUCUCCGAGCACAGAGCCAAGGUCGAUCACGUAGCUUUCUCCCCUGACGGAAAGACGUUAUCGUCUGGUGCACGGAAUGGGACAGUCAUUAUCAGACGUAUGCGCGAUAUUAUCCCAGUGCCAGAUACAAACAUGUAG